AGCCCGCGAACAUUGUGUACCAUUUUAGAAGAAAAUACAAAAAGAAAAAUGACAGGGGAAUACAGAAUACAGGAAACUCUCCUAAAUUUUCCGCCAUUACAGAGAAAGGAACAGUAGCUGUAAGAGAAAGAGAGAGUGACACUUCUCGUGAUUUGCAUUUCUAACUUUUCUCUUUCCUCAUUCACUCUCCCACCUCUCUCUCUCGUGCCCUAACCCUAACACCACGCCCACCUCUCCCUCUCUUUCUCCCUAAAUUAUUUCUAUCUUCAAACACCGCGCCUUCUCUUUCUCUCUCUCCCUCACUCUCUCUCAACCUCUCAGGCAGCCGGUAAUUUUCUCCGUUUCCGUAUGAUGCAUGGCUCUGAUCGCGUUUCAGGAUUUGAAUGCAUGAUUUUGAAGCUUGUAGGAGGUUUUAAUAGGCUAUUUGACAGUGGGAAUCAGUAUGAUUGAAAAGAACUUCAAAGGAGACGUAUUUUUUCUGAUUUCUGUGCUACCUUACCUUCGAAUUGCUGCUUCAGGAAUGGGCUAAUGUGACCUUGGAAAGAGAUAUCAGUUCUCUGUAGCAUUAUAGUGAAUCUCAUAGUGAUGGAUACUUUGCCUAGUACUUCUGAAAUUGUUGAAUCAACUGAAGAAUUAUACUUUGAUUCUAAAAUGGAUGAGAAAGCUGGAAAGCAUUCUGUUCCAAAUUCAGCAAAUAGGUAUUCAAUAGAGGAUGACAUUAAUCGUCUUUUUGAAGCAAUUGACAUUAGAACUUCAGCUAAGGGUUUUGGUCUAUCAAAUGAAGGCAGUAAAGACAGUUUACGGAAGAAAGCAAUGAAGAGGCCGAUCAGAAUUGGUUCACCACAAAUGUCAGGAAUAGGAAUUUCUGAGCCAGUGAGUUUGAAGCAGGCACUCAGGGGAUUAUGCAUUUCUCAGGCAUCAGAAAUGGCUGCUAUGAAGCGGUUAUCGCGACCACAAGUUUCAUCAGGCGCCUCAGAAUCGGGAACAAUCAAAAGGUUGUAUAAGGCAGUUGUAGUUGAGGCGAAUGGAUCUGUUCUCCCCCUGAAUCAAGGUAAUGGUAAUUUGGUGGAAGUGUCCCUUGUACCAGAAAGAAUCACGCAAAGUUCUGCUGAGAAGAUGUGUGAAUCCUCCUCACAAAUGGAGAAGGCAGAGCUGUCAUAUCAGAAUGCUUCAGAUCAAGUUGUUCCUUUGAAUACACUGUCUAAUAGUGAAAUGUUGAAAACAGAAGUUAAAAGACUUAAAUCUACAGAUUCUUCAUCUGUGAAUCGUGCUGGUGAGAAACUUCCAGAGUUGGAUGAAAAAGCUUCAGCCUCAGUUGAAGUUUCAGCCAAAAUUCCACUGCCAGAGAGGCACAAAAACCAUUUACAUACCGUAUCUUUGCUGUCUUCAAGUAGUGUGGUGAAUAGUCCUGUAUGUAGUAGUCCUCGGUUUAUGAAACCAAUCUUCAGGAACAAAAGCUUUGUUAAGAAGAAAGUAAAGCAGGAUUCAGCUCCUGUCCCCAGCAUUUCCAAUCCUUCUAGUGGAAAAGUCAACCGUGAUCUGGAUCCUAGUUCUAGUAACUCAGACACUUGUGACUUUACUCCAGAAACUGGAAGGGAAGAAAGUGUAAAAGCUUCUUCAGCAUCUAUUGCUGUGAAUCAUAGUACUGAAUGCAAUUCAGGCAUUGAGGAGUUGAAUUCAAGCAAAUUGGGUCCGAGUAAUUCUGGUAUCAGAACUAAAUCUAUAUUAAGUAAAGUUGAUGAAAGAUCAAGAUCAAGAGAAAAGGGAGAGUUCUCUCAAAGCUCAAAAAGUAGCAUCGGUGAUUAUAGUAGCAGCACUAGUGUUAGUGAAGAUAGCAAUCUCAGUGGGUCUAGCCGAUGUGGUAAUAGGCCUCAUAUGUCUAAGGACUUGAGGUGGGAAGCCAUUCGUCAGGUUCAAAGGCAGCAUGGAAGCCUAGGUUUGAAGCACUUCAAGCUGAUCAAGAAGCUUGGCUGUGGAGAUAUCGGGUCUGUUUAUCUUGCUGAGCUAACUGGUACAAAUUGUCUAUUUGCACUGAAAGUUAUGGACAAUGAAUUUUUGGCGAGCAGGAAGAAGAUGUCUAGGGCUGAAACUGAAAGAGAGAUUUUGCAGAUGCUCGAUCAUCCUUUUCUCCCCACAUUAUUUGCCCAUUUUGUGUCUGAUAGAUUCUCAUGCUUGGUUAUGGAGUAUUGUCCAGGUGGCGAUCUACAUGUGUUGCGGCAAAAGCAACCUGGAAGAAGUUUCCCUGAACAAGCAGCAAGAUUUUAUGUUGCUGAAGUCCUCCUUGCGUUAGAGUACUUGCACAUGCUUGGAGUUGUUUACCGUGAUUUAAAACCUGAAAAUAUCCUGGUCCGAGAAGAUGGGCACAUAAUGCUCUCAGAUUUUGAUUUGUCAUUGCGAUGUGCUGUCAAUCCAAUUCUGGUUCAGUCAUCUUCACCGGUAGCAGAGCCUGCAAAAAAGAUGUCAAGUCCUUGCUCUGAAGCUAGCUGCAUUGACCCUUUCUGCCUUCACCCAGCUUGGCAGGUUUCUUGUUUCACUCCUCGACUUCUAUCAGUUGCUGCAAAAUCUCGGAAGUUAAAGUCUGACCUAGCUGCUCAAGUCAGUCCUCUCCCGCAGCUGGUAGUGGAGCCAACUAAUGCUCGAUCUAAUUCCUUUGUGGGAACUCAUGAAUACCUCGCUCCAGAGAUUAUCAAAGGCGAAGGUCAUGGUAGUGCUGUUGAUUGGUGGACAUUUGGAAUCUUCUUGUUUGAGCUAUUAUAUGGCAGGACACCCUUCAAGGGUUCAGGAAAUGAAGAAACAUUAUCUAACGUUGUAUCACGUAGCCUCAAGUUUCCAGGUAGCCCAAUAGUUAGUUUUCAUGCACGUGAUUUGAUUCGAGGUUUGUUGAUAAAGGAACCCGAAAAUCGAUUAGGAUCUACAAAAGGGGCUGCAGAGAUCAAACAGCACCCUUUCUUUGAAGGUCUUAAUUGGGCUCUGAUACGGUGUGCAAUCCCGCCUGAGAUGCCCAAAUCUUGUGAUAUCGGAAUCGGCAUGCCUACCACAUUUUCUCAGAACAAAGAAAAUACGAAAUGUAAGGAAGCUAAGAGUACAGAUGAGUAUACAGAGUUUGAGAUGUUUUAGAGUGGGAAAGGAAGAUGUUUUGUUUCCUUUUUUUAAAAAAAUGAGAUUUCUCAUCCUUGUUGUAACUGAUAUGUAUCUAUAGCAUAUAGUGUAAAUGUAAUUCUAAAAAUUGGCGGCAACUUAUUGAGUAUGAGAUAUACUAUAUGUAUACUAUUAUAAAGCUAGUUUAGAGUUGGAAA